CUGCGUUCCCCCACAGCGUCCGGGAGGGGACCGCGGAGGGACCGAGCCAAGCGCUGCGCAGUCGGACGCUGACUGGGGAGCGAGCGGGCGACGCAGGGUUCGCAGCGCGGAGCGAAAACAGAGCCAGCAGGGAGCUCCUGGACUGGCAGGAUGGGGUCAGCCUGCAUCAAAGUCACCAAAUACUUUCUCUUCCUCUUCAACCUGCUCUUCUUUAUCCUGGGCGCGGUGAUCCUGGGCUUCGGGGUGUGGAUCCUGGCCGACAGGAGCAGUUUCAUCUCUGUCCUGCAAACCUCCUCCAGCUCGCUCAGCAUGGGGGGCUACAUCUUCAUCGGCGUGGGGGCCGUCACCAUGCUCAUGGGCUUCCUGGGCUGCAUCGGCGCCGUCAACGAGGUCCGCUGCCUGCUGGGCCUGUACUUUGCCUUCCUCCUCGUCAUCCUCGUCGUCCAGGUGGCUGCCGGGAUCCUCUUCUACCUCAACGUGGGCAAGCUGAAGCAGGAGAUGGGCAGCAUCGUGACCGAGCUCAUCCGGAACUACAACAGCAGCCGCGAGGACAGCCUGCAGGAGGCCUGGGACUACGUGCAGGCCCAGGUGAAGUGCUGCGGCUGGGUCAGCUUCUACAACUGGACGGACAACGCCGAGCUCAUGAGUCGUGCCGAGGUCACCUACCCCUGCUCCUGCGAAGACAAGGGGCAGGAGGACGACAGCCUCUUCCCGAGGAAGGGCUUCUGCGAGGCACCCGGCAACAGCACGCAGAGCGGUAACAGCCCCGAGGACUGGCCUGUGUACAAGGAGGGCUGCAUGGAGAAGGUGCAGGCGUGGCUGCAGGAGAACCUGGGCAUCAUCCUCGGCGUGUGUGGGGGCGUCGCUGUCAUCGAGCUCCUGGGCAUGCUGCUGUCCAUCUGCCUGUGCCGGCACGUCCACGCCGAGGACUACAGCAAGGUCCCCAAGUACUGAGGCAGCUGCGGCCCCUCCUCCCCGGCCCCCGACCUCAGGCCUCCCAGGGGCUCCCUGGCCCCUGCUCCAGGCCCACCUCCCACCCCAUGCCAAGGCCCCCGCCCGCCGUGCUGGGGACGUGGGGCUGCUGCACCCGGCCUCCGUCCUGCCUUUCUGCUGCGCCCGGCUGCUCUGCGCCCCCCGCCCUGCCCGCCAGGGCUCCCAGCAGCUCAGCUCAGAGAGGACGCUCCUGCGGUCCCCGCGGGUGGGCUGGGCUCGGCCUGCCCCCGAGGCCGUGUAUAUUGUAUAGGGGACGUGUGUUAAAAGUUGGGGGGGUGUCAGGGGACUACCCACCGGGUGGGUCAGCUUUUCCCACUGUGACACGUACGUCUGUUUCUUCACGUUUUUAUCGAAGGUAGUGGGACGGGGCGGGCGCUGCCCGACAGGGGGCCGCAGCCCUUCCCCAGGCCUGGCUCGCCCCGUCCAGGCAGCUCAGAUCUGGGCCCGAGGGGUCUGCCCGGGUGAGGGCAUCGGCCUGGCCCCAGGCUGUGGCACAGAGCUGUCCGGCUUUCUCCAAGAUCCUGAGCUCUCUGGGGGAGGGAGGAGGAGGAAGCCCUCUCCCGGGAGACGCUGGGCCACCCGUCUCGGCAGACGUCCCCUGGCCCCCGGCAGGGGCGGGUGAGGCUGUGCCUUGGGGGGAGGGGCAGGGCGUCUGUGUGCACAUUCUGUAAAACGUAUUCAGGAUUCUAAGACUGACUAUUAAAGAGGAUUUGUAACGACCCA